CACACCCCUUUCUGUUCGCAACUAUUCAUUUUCCAUUCAACGAGAAGUUGUCCAGGUCCAGAGUCCAGACCUGAGAUCAUUCCUGGACAGUACGAGCGGUGCAGUUAAGAUUUCUAUCAAAUAUCAUACUUUUAAGUUGCGACACACGCAAUGAACAAUAUGCUGAAGAACACAUUGAAAUUGAUACCAUCGACUCUAGGAAUCUGCUCAAAUAUAAUGUUUCAGCAAUUACGUACACGUUGGGUGGAUUGCCGUAUGAUUCGAGACUUCAAAAGGAGAAAGUGUGUAGUGGAAUAUGCAGAUGAGAGGCUUCGACUCCGAACCAUAUUAAAAAAUAAAGUUCUGCCAGUUGCGAUCAGGGAAGACGCUCGGGCUAUGAUUAUGGAGUUGCCCCGAAAUUCUCAUCCUUAUCGCACCACCUACAGAUGUGCUUUGACUUCUAGACCUCGGGGGAACGUGAAGCCUUUCCGAAUGAGCAGAAUUGUAUGGCGUGAUUUGGCAGAUCAUAAUAGACUCUCAGGAGUUCAGAGAGCCAUGUGGUAAAUUUAUAAAUUAAAAUCAGAUUCAUGAUAGAUCAGAUACAUAGAUGAUUAUGUAUUUAAAUUAAACGAAGAAUUUCAAGUA